AUGUCACGUCUGGCGUUGACAUGGCCCUUCAUAUAUGCUAUCCACUUUACUCUUAUUAUCUGCCUUGGAAUUACCAUCAUUUUAUUGGCAACCGUGCGUGGAGGGAUGAAGAAACACAGAGUUGCCUUCUGGGUUCUUUUUGCAUUCUUCAUAUCCUCAAUUGUUGCCAUCUUCAACACCUUGAUGCUCCAGCUCGUCUUUAUUCCAAGGUUCUGGAGGAGCCGAGCGCGCGAAAUGGUCACCAGUGGCAUGUUUGACCCGACGUCGACUCGGUCGUCGGUAUAUGGUCACAAUAUCGUCCUAGAGGUUGGAUGCAGCGAGGGAAUGGUGUCUGGAUCCUUUGCUAAAGAGAUUCUCGCGCACCAAAGGGACACCCCGGCGCGCUUUCCCCUCUUCAUCGGUCAUGACCGAUGGAGCAAAUGGACGCGCAUCCCCAAUAAUACCACAUGCUACCUAGAAGAGUUGAUAAGGAUUGGAGUUCCGCGCCACCUCAUAAGGACGAGCCGCGUGGACGAGACGAAUUCCGAGACGCGAACCACCCUCCCUUUUGCCAAUAACUCGAUCUCGCUCGUCAUUUCAUACUUUGGCCUGGACGAGAUUAGCGGUUGGAAUAAGCCCAAGGAACGGAGGAUGCUCUUUUCGGAGAUGGCACGGGUCGUCGUGGAAGGGGGCGCCAUGAUUCUGUUCGAGAAUAGCGGCACAGGGACAGAAAAGGGUGAUAAGAAGGAACUCAAGCCAAAAUCGUGGUUUGAAGGACCGAUGCACUCCUACAAACGCUACCUAGUUCACGAACUAGGGUGGGACGAGGAGUGGGUGCAGGUCCACAGGAAAUGGGGGAUCGAAUAUCUGGUAGCACGUAAAGGAGUGAGUGUAUAA